ACGAAAGGAAGGAAGGAUGGCGCUGAGUCAGCAUUUUAGUUGUUCCCAUCGUACACAUACACUAGUGUCAGUGUGUCACCUCUGGUAUGCGCUAAACAUUCAUUUCUGUUUUCCUUUCUAACCAAACACCAUGACCAUAUCCAUCUCCACUCCCGGACCGGGAAGCUCCGGUUAUCUAGAUAUGUACCCUGAAAGGAAGGUCUCCGCCUUCAAGAAUCCAUAUAUUCUCGGCCUCACCGCCGUCGCCAGCAUUGGCGGCCUCCUCUUCGGCUACGACACCGGCGUCAUUUCCGGCGCCCUUCUGUACAUCAAAGACGAUUUUGAACAGGUCAAACAAAGUAACUUCCUACAAGAAACAAUCGUCAGCAUGGCAGUUGCAGGUGCGAUUCUUGGCGCAGCAGCAGGCGGUUGGAUCAACGAUGCGUACGGACGAAAGAGAGCAACUCUGACAGCAGAUGUUAUCUUUACAGUUGGAGCAGUUGUCAUGGCCUUCGCACCAGAUCCUUACAUUCUCAUAAUCGGACGCCUUCUCGUCGGUCUCGGCGUCGGCGUCGCCUCUGUAACCGCUCCCGUUUACAUCGCAGAAUUGUCGCCUUCGGAAAUAAGAGGAAGUCUUGUAAGCACAAAUGUGCUUAUGAUAACUGGUGGACAGUUCCUUUCUUACCUCAUAAACCUUGCUUUCACACAGGUUCCUGGCACGUGGCGCUGGAUGCUCGGAGUUUCAGGUGUGCCAGCUGUGAUUCAGUUUUGCCUCAUGCUCUUCCUGCCUGAAUCCCCAAGAUGGCUAUUUAUCAAGAACAGGGAAAAGGAAGCCAUUGAUGUGCUUGCAAAUAUCUACGAUGUUGCUCGGUUGGAGGACGAAAUUGCUUCGCUUUCUGUUCAAUCGGAGGAGGAGGACCUUCACAAAAGGAAGGAUAUCAGAUUCUGGGAUGUUUUUAAGUCUAAAGAGAUCCGAUUAGCAUUCCUUGCCGGAGGUGGACUUCAGGCUUUUCAGCAGUUUACAGGCAUUAACACAGUAAUGUACUACAGCCCAACGAUUGUGCAAAUGGCUGGCUUCCGCUCCAAUGAGUUAGCUCUUCUUCUAUCCCUCAUAGUUGCCGGCUUGAAUGCUUGCGGCACCAUUCUUGGCAUUUACCUUAUCGACCACGCAGGGCGAAGAAAACUGUCCCUCUAUAGCUUAGCAGGAGUAAUAGUAUCACUGAUCAUCCUGUCCAUUUCAUUUUUCAAGCAAUCAUCUGAAAAUGCUUUGUAUGGAUGGCUUGCGGUUCUAGGAUUGGCCCUGUAUAUUGCAUUCUUCUCACCGGGGAUGGGGACUGUGCCUUGGACAGUAAACUCAGAGAUAUAUCCGGAACAAUAUCGAGGAAUUUGCGGCGGCAUGUCAGCAACUGUCAAUUGGGUUUCCAAUUUGAUUGUAGCAGAGUCAUUUCUAUCAGUUGCUCAAGGUGCAGGAACUGGUCCUACUUUCUUGAUCAUUGCAGGCAUAGCUGUGCUUGCGUUUCUGUUUGUGCUUGUGUUUGUUCCUGAAACCAAAGGGUUGACGUUUGAUGAAGUGGAGAUUUUGUGGAAGGAUAGAGCUUGGGGCAAGAAUCCUCGCACUCAGAGCCUUCUUGAAUCUUGAGCAUGCAAAUGGAUCCUAGUUCUACUAUGAUUAGAAUGCAUGCAACCUUUUUUGCACAAUGCAUUAGCAAUCAAUUUGUUAUAUGUUGUAAUAUAUUCAUGUUCCUUAUUCCAUUCGUUUUGAAUAAUGUUCGAGUCAACAUUCAAUAUCAGUAGUAGUAUUGAAGCAUUCAAUUCAGUUCAUGAGUUGUUAUAUAUGAAGGGAAAUACUCAAUCUCAACUUCUGAGAAUCUGUGACUGAUGAAAUAUUUGUAUAGAAGAUAACACAUUUUUCAAUUA